AUGGGGCAAGGGCAAUUCCAAAGACGAGUUGCUCUACCAAGCAAGUCAGUUAUGGGGAACAACGAAGGAAUCAAAAGCCUUCACAGAGACGGAGCAGGCCUUGAGUGGAGGGACAAAGAUGCGAAGACCCCCUUGAUUGUUGCUUGUAUGAAUCCUCAUCUUUAUAAUGUUGCGAAAACUUUGAUAGAACUUGGAGCCAAUGUCAAUGCAUAUCGUCCUGGUCGUCAUGGCGGGACUCCGUUGCAUCAUGCAGCUAAAAGGGGCUUUGAAAGUAUUAUUAAGUUACUUCUUGUGCAUGGCGCUAAUCGAAUACUAAAUGAUGAUUGUCUAACUGCUCUGGAGGUUGCCAGAGCCAAAGGACAUGGUAGUGCUGUUCGUACAAUUGAGUUGUUAAAUGAUGAUUGUUGGCUUGCAAGUCAUCUGUGCUUGUUCUCGGGUGGUGACGCGAGCUUUCAUGGACCUGGGUUUCUGGAAGUAGUAGCUCCUCAGUUGUUAUCGAGAAAAGUUUGGGUGGUUGUUUUACCAGUGGGCUCCCGAACUCUUACCAAACCUUACAAGUUGGAGGAGCUUGCCAUAUAUUCUAAUAUGCAGGAUGCACAACCACGUACAGUUAUUGCACUGUGGAAGGCCAAUUUACAUGAACCAAUACACCAGUCUGAUCCGUCAGUUACCAAUGUUGAUCAAACUACUAAAACACGUGUUAGACUUGGGCCUGCAAGUGAGAAUGACAAGCAACAAAUUACAUUUUUUUCUAAUGCUUGCAAAGGAAUUCCUCAGGCAAGUCCGGCAUUCUUGCAAAACAAUGCGCCUACAGGUCCACCCACAGCGCCACCAGCUGCAGAAGACACAGAGUUAGCUAUGGCCAUCAAUGCAUCCCUUCAGUCUGCCAUCCAGGAGAGGCCAUCCUUUCCUCAUACACAACCAAACUCUGACGCAAGCUCUUCAAGCACUGCAGUGAAUACAGGCAAUCAUGGUUUUCUUGGCACACCAAAUUCAAAUACAAGUGAAAAUGAGUUGGUGCAAGAAACUAAAACUGGUGGCAAUGGUGAUCACCACCAAGUCAGUCAUGCUCGGGGAAUUGGAUUUCAAUCAUGGCUCCACCAUAUCGAAAGAUUAAUAGGGAGAGAAGGAAAAAAUGCAAGUGGAAGUGGCUCAUCAUGUGUGAUAUGUUUAGAUGCUCCAGCAGAAGGGGCGUGCAUUCCCUGUGGUCAUGUUGCUGGAUGCAUGUCUUGCUUGAACGAGGUGAAAUCAAAGAAAUGGGGUUGCCCUGUGUGUCGAGGCUAA